AUGAGACUCCUCGGCGCACUCGUUGUUGUGCGAGGACUGGCUCUCGCCAGCCAGGCUCUCGCCAGCCAGGAUCUCCAACCCGCCUCAGAUACUAAAAAGGGUCUUCUCGUGCUUCAGCAGGACAGAACAAACUCUGACAAGUCUUUGGAAAUCUGGAACAGGGAACACAAGCGGCUAUACUACCGGUCGUGCUCCCAAACCAUGGACCGCGGUGGCUUCGACCGCUACAAGUACCCGAUCUCGUUUGCCGUGGACAGCGACGGCGUGGGGAACGUGACGGUCGGCCCUCGAAGCUACCGGGUCAGUGAAGAUCCUGAAUACUCUGGCGGCAUUCGGUGCACCCGUAUGCAUAGCUCAAAGGAGUCCUUGGUCGUCUGCAAAAUCGACCUGCCCCUUGCCUUGCAGCCAAAUGAGGCGGAGGACUUUCCCAGCUGCCAUCGGAACGGCCAGCUUGACCUAUGGUCCGUCUAUGAGGCAAAGCGUUUCAAAACCCUCUCUCUUCCCGCGAGUCCGAACCAGACGGUCAAUGGAAGCUGGUGCAGUCUUUCUGGGAAAACGAGCAGGGGCCCAAACCCAGACCCGCGCCAGACUCCCGUACACGUUCAACUGAGCGAGAAUACGCACUGCGGCACGGGCAAAUGUGCCAUCGCUCCAGGCUCGUAUAAGUCGCACACGGUGUACUGGUCUGCCGUAGGCAGCGUGCCAUUUGGGUGGACCGACGCCUAUCUCAGAGUCCAGCCAACGGUGGAGACAGGGAACGAACACAAGUGCGAGGGGGAGCCGGGCGACGUCGUCUGCGUGUGGAAGAAGCAGGGCCAGACGUCGUAUGCAGUCAUAGACAUCCACGACACGUGCGGCAAAAGAUGGCACACCAUGGGCUAUACCAUGCGGUCGCCAAACAUGUGGCACAGCGUUGGAUACUACUACUGUGCCUACGGACGGGACAAGUGCCGCCACGAGGGGGCGCGAGUGCUGGAUGUCGGUGACAGCCACUCCCCAGGGAACCCCCCCUACCCACCAAGUCACCAGCCCACCAUGGUGCAGCGAAACCACGUCAUCGCAAUCAUCAUCAUCGUCCUCUUCGUCAUCCUUGCCCUCGUCUCCUUUGGCAUCUGGAAGCUCGUCCACACCGCCCGCAAGGACCUCAGCGUCACCACGGCCUCGAGCGGCAGCAGCAGCUCCAGCCAGGGCCUGGUCGACGACGACUGA